AUGUUGAUUUCUGAACAAAAUUUAAUUAAGGAUGAUUUUUUGCAGAAAAAUGAUGGAAAAGUGACAGAAAGAGAAUUUGAAAUUAAUUAUAUGGAAAGUGGCAUGAAUGUAUUAACGACAAUAAAUUUUAUUGAAGGAAAUAUAAAAAGAAGACAAUUAAAUCUUCCUUGGAAAGUAACUAGUCAUUUUGGAGUAUGCAAACUACCAACUAAUGAUAUUUUAUUUUGAGGUAUCACUAGGUUUAUACUUAAAUUUGAUGGAAAUAUUAGCAUUUUACCUGUAGAGCGAGAUAACCAUGGCAAUUUCACAUGAAAUUUUACUGCAAAACCAUUUUGCCUUUUGAUUAGCCUUUUUUUAUCUAUUUUGUUCAUUAAUUAUUCUGACCAUUUUGGUUUAUUAUUAAACAUGAGAUAAUUUUUUAAUCUAUUGCUUUCGAAAAAAAUAAAUUUUUAGUAUCAAAAUAGGGCCAAAAGAGAUCACUCAAAAAUAAUAGAGUAAAAAUAAUGCAGGCGUUUUUGGAAGAAACCAACCAUGGGGCCGGAUUAUGCUAUUAUAACGCAUCGGUUUAUGCUUUUGGAGGAUGAGAUAAACACCGCAUAAAAGACUCAGCUUUUAAAUUUGACAUAAAUAAAAAUAAACAAAUUCCAAUAGCAAGCAUGCCAAAGCCAUCAAGAUUUUGCUCUGCUGUCAGCUUCAAAGGAAAAUUACUUAUUUCUGGUAAAGAUAUUCCAUAUUUGUAUUUAUAUGAUCCUUUUAUCAAUUCUUAUAGCAAGAUUUCGCUAAUUCUCCAUAAUUUAUCUCACAAAAUUCUAUUUAAAGGAGCUAUAAAUGGCAGGGUUUAUCUUAGUCAAAGCUUAGAAACCACCAGUAAGAUAUUUGAAAGUCUAGAUUUAUAUCACUGAGAUCUUGCAUUUACUUCUCAAGUCAUGCAUUUAUCAUUGCUCUCAUAUGUAGCUUACAAUGAAAAUUUAGUCUAUUUUAUUGACACAUUUCAACGCUUUUAUUGCUUUGACUUAAAACUGAAAAUUUUGAAUGAAAUAAGGCUUAAUUAA